AUGACGAAUAGUUCCUUCCCUCGUCGCCUACCAGGCGCGGCGGACGUUAACGUCAACACUGAGACCGGCCCCGGUCGGACAUUCGACGACGACGGUCCUGUCCUCAAGCCAGCAGUACCGACACCAACAACAGACUAUCAAACUAUAACAAAGCCCCCACCAACCACGAAUCCAUCAAACCCAGAUACCAAACCCAAAAUGCCAGAAACCGCCGCUUCACGAAAAGCACAAGGCGUCCCACUGCUAGGUGGCGGCCACGACGACAGCAACAGUCGAUCUUCAAACGAAAACCAGCACACUUCCAUCGACUCCCUUACCCCUCUAACUCCCGGUGUGGUAGGCCCGUCCUACCAUGCCACUACCUCUUCAGAAGACGACUCCUUCGCUACAGUCACCGACACAAGCACGGGGAAAUAUGCCCUCCGCUCCUGGCUCACCGUUCUCGGUGCCUGGCUGGCCAUUUUCUCGUCGUUUGGUCUCCUGACAGUGCUGUCGAUAUGUCAGAACUACGUGUCUGGGGAUGCCAACGAGCAAGUGGCGAGUAUAAGCGAGGGCACGUUUGCUUGGGUGUUCUCACUCUACUUUGUGGUUAGCUUGGGGUUGGGGAUGUAUGUCGAAACAUGGGCCAUCCUCCUCGCCUUCGGGAUCCUCUCCGGCCUAACCUCCACCUUCCUCUUCAUCCCCUCUCUCGUAACCAUCCACCAAUUCUUCGGCCGCUCUCCGCGAUCCUACGCCUUCGCAACUAGCCUCACCACCACCGCGGGUCCCACAGCCGGCAUCGUCUUCCCUUAUGCCACUCGCAACCUCUUCCACGAAGUCAGCUGGUCAUGGACGAUCCGCACCCUCGGACUGAUCUGCUUCUUCCUGGCCGUAAUCGCCAACUUCCUAAUUCGCUCUCCUCCUUCUUCCGUUCGUCGGGAACCAGCUCCUUCGGUGCCGACCUCGCCUACUUCAGCUUCUUCGGCCAAGAAAUCGCAUACGCUAUCGCCACCUGGCUCAUCAGCUUCCUCGACCUCUACCGCCUCUACCGCCUCCACCGCCUCUGCAAAUUCUACCACCCCCAUGGUCGGCGGUCCCUCCGCAUCAUUAUCAACAAAGACCGCUUUACCAAUGCCAAUGGCAAAGCCCACGAGCAGCAGCUUCCACCCCUCCCUCACCCCCUUCUUCUUUUCCAAGUCUUACACCCUCCUCUUCCUCUCUCUUUUCCUGAUCCACCUCUCAAUCUACACAACAACCACUUACCUCUCCGCCACCGCCCUUUAUUCCCAAGGUUACUCGCAAAGUAUCACCUUCCGCACCACUACCCUCGUGGUGAACAUCUCUUCCAUCGCUGGCCGCUUGCUCGCUGGCUUCUUGGCUGCCGGAUUUCCUUUCACCUCUCCCUCUUCCCUUCCUCCCAACAACCUGAACCACCCCUCGAAGGCGGGCAAAAAACAGAGGAAACCGAGGAGAGUCUUCUUCUCCGGCCUAGAACUAGGACCCUUCAACACAGCCAUCCUCCUUUCCCUCCUCGCCACCCUCUCCCUCCUAGCAAUCCUACUCCCACCCACUCUCCACCCCGGACGCACAGGAAUGUCUUCCAGUCGCUUCACCACUUUCACCGUCCUCUUCGGUCUCUCCAGCGGUGCCGUCCUGGGAUUAGAACCUGUUCUGGUUUCCCCUAUGCUCCCCUCCUCCUCCUCUAACGGGGUCUACGGGAGCCAGUUCGGCCAAUAUUUUGGCACGCUUUAUACCCUUGUUAGCAUGGUAAGUAUAGCCGGCAUCCCGAUCGGGUCGAACCUCGUGUCUGCUUGCCAUGGAAAAUUCUGGGGACUGGUGGUGUUUGUUGGUGUUGCUUUUGGAGUGGGGAUGGUGGGUCUUUUGCUGGUUCGCAGGGUGCUUGUUUCUGGACGGGAUGGGGAUGGGAAUGGGAAGAUGGCGAAUGGGAAGGGUGUGAGUGUGGCUGCAGUGGCUGCGGGUAAUGGAAGAAUCAACGAUGGUGGAUCAAGGGGGUUCGAGUGGAAGAAGUUGAUGACUGGGAAGGGAUGGAGUGAAUUAUUUUGGGAGGUGGAGAGGAUUUGA